CCUCCCCCACAAUUGGCAUUCCCUGCUCUAUUAUUCCCCAUAGCCCUUAUCAUCAUCUAAUCUAUAUACAUAAAACCCUAAUAUGCAAAUAGACCGAAUAGCAGAACAACCAAACAACUGAACAACUGGCUGCUCUGAUGUGCGCUGAUCACCAGGGGGCACAUGCACAGAACAUGGCAGGCAUCGGCAGUAGGUGGCAGAGCAUGGAAUAUGGCAGGCAUUGGCUGUGGCGGGAUAGUGGAGCAGGCCGUCACAGCUGGUAUACUCCUACUGUUGGCUCACAAAGAGUGGACCCAGCGAUACUUGUGGGAAGCUAGUUUCACUUUUGUGAUUCUGAGCCUUAUGGGAUGCCCACUUCAUUUUGCGGUAGCCAUGGAAUCGGCUCUCCUCGGCCCAUAUUGCUUCUACUCAUUAUCAGGGAUUGCAGGCACCAAUUAUCUUGGUUAUGCAGUUGCCUUUCCUUUUCCAUAUGCAAAAUUCCCAUCAGUGUGUGUGGAUCCACCACACUAUGAAGAGUACCACCUGACGCUUCAAACCUUGGACCUGUGCCUGAGCUUUGCCAUGUUCUGUGCAUCCCUGACAGUAUUCCUCAAGCUCUCUGCAAGAUUUAUCUGGAACGGACACAUAAAUAUGAAAAGGAAAGCUGCUAGUUAAAGCAAUGGAUUAUGAGGGUCAAAAGAAUGGACAAUAAAUUUGAAGCAAUGUUCCUCUUAAAUUCGUUAUAUCUGUGGCCAUGAUUUUGAAAUAUUUGGCAAAUAUUUUUGAUAUUUGAACAUUUUUCCUCUAUGGGUUUAUAAAAUAAAAAUGGAAAUU